AUGGCUUCGCAGAUGCGUCAGAGAGUGGCUACGCUGCUGUCGGUUUCUCAAACUCAAGAACUUGUUCCCAUCGACUCUUGGCGACACAUAUCAAGUACUGAUAAUCCUGCAGACUGUGCGUCAAGAGGAAUUUCUGCUUCCCUACUUGUCAACCAUCCACUCUGGUGGACAGGCCCUCUUUGGCUUAAGCUCCCCACUUGUCAUUGGCCUACCUCGCACUUCAUUCCUGAGGACCUUUCUUCGUCAGAAGAAAUCAAGAAGACACCUUUAGUUGUUCUUACAUCACUUCUUUCUGCCUACUCAUCGUGGAACAAACUCCAACGCAUUGUCGCUCUUCUUAACUGCUUCAUUCACAAUUGUCGUAAUCAAAAUGACCGUCUCAGUGGUCCUCUCUCAUCGUCUGAUAUCUCCAAAGCUCAUCUCAAGAUCUUUCAUCAUGUUCAACAAGCCACCUUUGCAGAAGAAAUUUCAUCUCUCCAAAAUAAGCAUGACUGCUCCACCCGACUUAAACGAUUGAAACCAUUUCUUGACUCUGAUGGAAUUUUGCGUGUUGGUGGUCGCCUCAACAACUCAUCACUACCUUCUGAUGUUCGACAUCCAUUGCUGCUGCCUAGGAAGCAUCAUGUUGUUGACCUGCUAAUAGACCAUUUUCAUAUCACACAUCUCCACUCUGGACCUCAACUUACUCAAGCCGUGAUCGCUCAAUCUUUCUGGAUUCUUUGUGCACGUAGCGUUAUUCGCUCACGUAUAUUCAAGUGCGUUACGUGUUUCAGAAAUAAACCACGCAACAACACCCCGCUGAUGGGUGAUCUACCCUCCUCUAGAAUCACUCCUGCUCGGCCAUUUCUCUCUACAGGAAUUGACUACUGCGGCCCAUUCACAAUUAAGAACUUAAAUCUCCGAUCUGUAAAACACGUAAAAGUGUAUCUGUGCAUCUUCAUUUGCAUGGUGACCAAGGCUGUCCACCUCGAAGUAGUGACAGAUCUCACCACCGAUGGAUUCUUAGCAGCUCUAACGCGCUUUGUUUCCCGCCGUGGACUUUGUGCGGACAUUUAUUGUGAUUGUGGCACGAAUUUCGUCGGUGCUGACGCAGUUCUUCGUAAACUGGUUAAACCUCAGCUCACAACUCCUCAAGCACAAGACACUAUUCAACGUUACACUGCUACUCGUGGAAUCAAGUUCCAUUUCAAUCCUCCUGCUGCUCCUCAUCAAGGCGGACUAUGGGAAAGCGCAGUGAAGAGCGCCAAACAUCAUCUACGACGUGUAAUGAGUGACACAGUUCUCAUUCUUUCAGAAUUCAUUACACUCACCACUCAAGUUGAGGCCAUGCUUAAUUCCAGGCCACUAACUCCGCUCUCAAGUGACCCAGCUGACCUUUCAACUUUAACUCCUGGUCACUUCCUCAUUGGAACAUCACUGGCAUCCGUUCCAGAGCCUCACGUCAUGGAUGUGCCAACAAAUCGCCUUAAACAUUGGCAAUUAGUACAGGCUUUCCAUCAACGACUUUGGAAACGAUGGAGCUUGGAAUACAUUCAUACAUUUCAACAACGCUCAAAAUGGUGUAAAAAUUCUCAAAACCUGAAGAUAGGAGAUCUAGUUCUGGUGCACGAUUCUUCUCCACCACUCAAUUGGCCACUUGCCCGUAAAACGGGCAUCCAUCCUGGAAAGGAUGGGAUCGUCCGUGUUGUGGACCUCAAGACACAGGUUUUUCAGGACACCUGA